UCUCAUUAACCACAAAGUCCACACAGUGAGACACACACGUAUCCUCUGUACAGUCUCAGUGUUCAGCUUCAUCAUGGCCGGACGUCUGCUGUUUGUCUUCUUCAUGUAUGUCUUUAAUGGGAUUCAAACAGAAGCUCGUCUUCCACCUAAACUUACAGUGAAUUCAGCGGUGAUCAAAGAGACAGACUCAGUCACACUGAACUGUCAGACUCCAUCAUCUGUGUCUCAGUGUUAUUACCAAACUUUAAGUGGAGAAACUGUGAGGAUAUUAUCCUGUCAGCAGACACUGACAGGAAGUGAACUGCUGAAGAUGGAUCAUCAGAGUUCAUCUGCUGAGGUCAAAGUGGAAUGUUUUUACAUUGUUCAGAUUGGAGACAAACAUUUUCCAUCUCCACACAGUGACACAGUCUCCAUCAGCAUACAAAAUGAGACAAACCCAAACAAGGAGAGUCUCAGCACUUUGACAACCUCAGUUUCUAUUGUAACUUCACCUGCUGAUCAAGGUCCGACUGUAAGUCCUCCGGAUACUAAAGAAUUGUGGAAUUGGACGUUUGUCUGGGUUUUCGCUGGUUGUGGAUCUACUGUGGUCAUCACAGUGAUUGUUAAUGUUAUUCUUUGGAAGAAAAGAAGAGCUGGUAUUGUAGAGAAAGAGUCCAGAAGGACCCAGAGAAUGCCAUCACUCAUCAAAACCCCAGUCACAGGUUCUGAGGGAAUGGAAAGGAGUGAGUCUCGGAAAAGCAACGUAAGUCUGACAGGAAGAACAAUAAUCACAUUUUUCCAGAUAUACCAGAUGCUCAAGUUGGUUUCUGUCUUUUCCCAGCGGUCUUUGUACCAUAUUUACUCUACCAUCUAUGAGGGUCAGACUGCAGCAGCCAGCAAAGACAUGACUUACAGCAAGCUGCAGGCACACUGACAUGCUAACAGUUUAAAAGUGUGUUCAAGAAGAGAAGAAGUUGACUGAUGUGAUGUAGAACCAGAGGUACCCAUCAUGGACCAGACAGCAGCUGUCAUAUUUCUGAUGGACCGGUGGGGUGGGGGCGGAUUGUACACCAUCCUCUACUAAUGUCACAUUGAGAUAUAUGAAGUACAGUAAAAGCAUAAUGCAACCCAAACAACUGUAGAAAACUCUCAAAAAAUCUAAACUUAACUCGCCAUCAGUGUGAGCCAGUUUUCUGGAGACAAGGUGGUCGAAGCAUGGCGUUUUGUCUGCGAGUGAAAGGCGCUGCGGGUUUCUAACAUCCACUCUGCUGCGGAGCCUUGGUUUGUUAGCAGUCAGAGCUAAAUGAGAUAUGUCUCCAUAUCUUCACUGUCUAUGAGCCUUUUUUCAGGAGCCCAAGUAAAAAAACGUGUUGAUGUGAUCUGUUUCUUCAUGUUCUCUCCUCACUAGCAUGCGCAGCUUUGACCCACACGUGACCUUAUCAGUAAAAUGUUUGUAUCUUCAUAUUUAAACGUUUACUGAAUCAAAUUCAGAAAAAAAAAAGUCAAAGGAGUUCCUUUAUGGCAAUUACAUCCACCCUCUUGCUUCCCACUGGGUGUGACCGGCCCGGUGUGAAACAACCCAAGGCCCGGUAACGGCCCGAGGCAUGAUGGUUGGGGACCCCUGAUGUAGAGUAAUCCUGAGCUUCUGUCAUGUCUUCUUCUCAAAUCAACCAAGAUGUAAAACGAACCCAAAGUUUUCCAACGUCUUACAGUCAGAAUAUCAAGUUCAAUCCUGCUUUUUACACAAGUGUUUGCUUUAAGGUGAAGAUUGACAAUAUUUUUGGAUAUACUUCGUCUCAGUCUUGUUGUUUGCUUACUUCUGCACAAACACUGUAUGCUACAGACCCAAUGCAAAAUAUUUGAAUCUUUGUAUAUUUCAAAUAAACCUGAAUUAAUGUGU